AUGGAGAAGGGCAAAGCAGUGAUGGGUGCGGGUCGUAGAUGGGCCGUAGAUUUCACCGACAAUUCAUCCUCUUCCUCCACUCGAGACAUCGCCGAUCCCCCUGGCUUCACCCGUGCUUCUCACGACCAGGAGGAAUCAACUGGGAGUCGCCAGAAGAAGGACGCUGAAGCCAAUUGGAAAGCUCAGGUAGUGGCCAGUGGCAGUUAG